AUGACUGUUCAAACGAAGCAUACCGCUUAUACGUUGGUCUUCGACCCAUCACCAAUGAACGUCAGUUACACCGUAUCUGAUUUUCAAAAAGCUUUGGAGAAAGGGACCGAUGAAGAUAAGAUUGAAACUAUGAAAGAAAUCUUAGUCACUAUGUUGGAAGGUAAUCCUUUGCCUGAAUUAUUGAUGCAUAUCAUUAGAUUUGUCAUGCCUUCUAAAAACAAGAAAUUAAAGAAAUUGUUGUAUUUCUACUGGGAAAUUGUUCCAAAACUAGAUGCUGAUGGAAAAUUGAGACAUGAAAUGAUUUUGGUCUGUAAUGCUAUCCAACACGAUUUACAACAUUCGAAUGAAUACAUAAGAGGUAAUACGCUAAGGUUUAUUACAAAGUUAAGAGAAGUUGAAUUGUUAGAACAAAUGGUUCCUUCUGUUUUAGCUUGUUUGGACUAUCGUCACGCGUACGUUCGUAAAUAUGCUAUUUUAGCAGUCUUGUCAAUUUACAAAGUUAGUGACCAUUUGUUACCGGACACUAAGGAAAUCAUUCAAUCUUUCUUAGCUGCCGAGACUGACCCAGUUUGUAAGAGAAACGCUUUCGUCGGUUUAUCCGAUUUAGACCGUGAAGCUGCGUUGUCUUAUUUAGAAGAUAACAUCACUAGUAUCGAAUCGUUAGACCCAAUUUUGCAAAUAUCAUUGGUCCAGUUCAUUAGAAAAGAUGCUAUACACACUCCAACUUUGAAGGGUCAAUAUAUCGAGUUGUUAUCUGAAAUUUUGAGUUCCUCCACUUCAAACGAAGUUAUUUUCGAAACUUGUUUGGCUAUGGCCUCCUUAUCUACCACUCCUGCCGUUUUAACUACUGCUGCAACCAAAUUGAUUGAUCUGGCUGUCAAAGAGUCCGAUAACAAUGUUAAAUUAAUCGUUAUGGAUCGUAUUCAAGAUAUAAUUGAAAAGAAUCCAGGUGCUUUGGAAGAUUUGACUUUAGAUGUUUUAAGAGUCUUAUCUGCCGAAGAUAUAGAUGUUCGCAAUAAGGCUUUAGAUAUCUCUAUGAAAUUGGUUGCUUCAAGAAAUGUCGAUGCUGUAGUUAAAUUGUUAAAGAAAGAGUUACAAUCUAACAUCAAGGGUGGUGACCUAGAAAAGACAAUGAGAUACAGACAAUUAUUGAUUAAGACAAUUAAUUCAAUUGCCAUCCGUUUCAUGGAAGCUGCUGCCGAUGUGAUCUCCCUAUUAUUGGAUACUGUCGGUGAAUUAUCAUCAACUGCUGCAAGUGAUAUCAUUUCUUUCGUAAAGGAAGUCGUGGAAAAAUACCCUGAGUUAAGAAAGGAUAUCUUAUCAAACUUGAUCACCUCAAUGGAAUUCAUUAAAUCAGCUAAAGCCUAUCGUAUAGCAUUAUGGGUCGUCAGUGAAUAUUCUGAAUCUGAAGUUGAAAUUCAGGAAUGCUGGAAGCAUAUUCGUUACAGUGUCGGUGAAGUCCCAAUCAUUCAAUCUGAACUUGCAAGAAUCAACAAGGCUAAAGAAACCCCAUCUGAAGAAGAACAACAAACAACACAAAAACCAACUGGUCCUGUUAUCUUACCCGAUGGUACUUACGCUACUGAAAAUGCUUUAGAUGUUGCUGAUAACACUGAUAAUAUAACCACCGAAGAACUUGAUUCUAGACCACCAUUACGUAGAUUUAUCUUAAGCGGGGAUUUUUACACUGCUUCUAUUUUAUCUUCAACUAUAAUUAAAUUGAUUUUGAAGUUUGAAAAGUUAUCAAAAGAACAAAAAAUUAUUAAUGCUUCAAAAGCUGAGUCUAUUUUAAUUUUAGUUAGCAUUAUUAGAGUCGGCAAGACUUCCUUAGUUGAAAAGAAGAUCGAUGAAGAUUCCUCCGAGAGAAUCAUGAAUGCCAUCUCAAUUUUAUUGGAUGAAGCUGAUCCAAAAGAAAGGGAAGCCGAAAGAAAAUUAUUAGAUGCUACAUUCUUAGAUGCUACCAAAUCUUCUUUCCAAGUUCAAGUUGCUCGUUCUAAGAAGGCUUCUGCUUUGAAAUCUGCUUCUGAUAUGUUGAAAAACUCCGAAUCUAUUGAAAAGGCUAUCAGUUUCAGACAAUUCGCUGGUAUUGAAUCGAGUGCGUCCAAUAACGACACAAUUGAAGAUGAUUUACAAAUUGCUAUUCACGGUGAUAAUUCGAAAACUUCAAACGUUGUUUCAUCUAAGUUAGGUAAGAUUAUUCAAUUGACAGGUUUCUCUGAUCCUGUAUACGCUGAAGCUUAUGUUACAUCUAAUCAAUUUGAUGUUGUUUUUGAUGUACUUUUAGUUAACCAAACUACUGAAACAUUGAAGAAUUUACAUGUUCAAUUUGCCACUUUGGGUGAUUUGAAAAUUCUAGAUAACCAAGCUAGUACUAAUAUUGUUCCACACGGUUUCCACAAAAUUACAGUUACAGUUAAAGUGUCUUCAGCUGAUACUGGUGUCAUCUUUGGUAAUAUCAUCUACGAUGGUGGCCAUGGUCAAGAUGCACGUUACGUUAUUUUAAACGAUGUUCAUGUGGACAUUAUGGACUACAUUAAAUAUGGAAAGAUUUCCGACGAAAGUUUCCGUACAAUGUGGAAUGCAUUUGAAUGGGAAAAUAAGAUUUCUGUCAAGACAACCUUACCAUCCUUACAUGAAUAUUUAAGAAAAUUAAUUAAAGGCACAAAGAUGGGUGUUUUAACUCCAAAAGAAGCUUUGGGUGAAGAAGAUACCAGAUUCUUAAGUUGUAAUUUGUACGCUAAAUCUUCCUUUGGUGAGGAUGCUUUAGCCAAUCUAUGUAUUGAAAAGGAUCCUGAGUCUGGUGAAAUUGUUGGUCACGUACGUAUUCGUUCUAAGGGCCAAGGUCUGGCUUUAUCUUUAGGUGAUAGAGUUGCUCUAAUAACCAAACAAAACAACCAAAUGAAACUGGAAAGAAUUUAA